AUGGGGGCCUCUGUGGUCAGUGCCGGGUUCCUCCUGGCCUUUGAGCUAGUGCUGCUGUCCCCCGCUGGCUGUCAGCACCAUCCUGGCUGGCGCUUCUCCUCCUCGGAAGUAGUGAUUCCCAACCAAAUAAGCAGCCGAACUGCCCUCCGAGGACCCAACAAAGCGGUUGUUGCUGAAGGGCCGGGACUGCUCUCCUACUCUCUGCGCUUUGGUGGCAAGAGGUACGUGGUCCAUAUGCGGAUCAAGAAGUUCCUGUUGCCCAGACACCUGCCGGUUCUAGUGGACAAUGAGCACGGAGCUCCCCCAGAGGAGUAUCCAUAUAUCCAGAGUGACUGUUACUACCAUGGCUUCUUGGAAGGGAUCCCGGAGUCCAUGGCUGUUCUGAACACCUGCCAAGGGGGUCUCCGAGGGACUCUGCAUCUGGAUGACCUCAUCUAUGAAAUCGAGCCUCUCCACAAUUCUCCCAGGUUUGAACAUGUGUUAUCCCAGCUCGUGCCACAAGAAGGGGAGGUUGGGCAGAGUCUUUUUCGAUGCAGUUUAACCAGUGAGGAAAUGAACGAACAGUUUUCCAACUCAGAGUUUAGAAAUGGUCUUAAGACGGCUCCCCUCAGUCCCUGGUGGCCACAUGUCCACUUUUUAAAAAUUGGAAUUUGUGUUAGCAGCUCCAGGGUGGCCACCCAUAACAAGAACCUUACGAUUCACAUCGAACAAAUGAUAACUUUGAUUCAUAUAGUUGAUUCUAUUUAUAAGCAAGUUCGGAUUUUUACAAUCCUCGUUUUCCUGUACUUUUGGCAAUAUACCGAUAAAGUAGCAUUGACAGGUUCUUCAUCUGAAAUAGCCCAACGUUAUGGACUAUGGAAAAAUCUAGUGAUCUUUAACAGCUUUCCACAUGAUACUUCAGCCCUGAUUACUGGGAACAAGGCAGGAGAAAAUGGUUAUGCCACCUUUCCAAACUCAAUAUGCAAUGGCAACCGGGCAGCAAUCCUAUUAUGGUUUCAGGAUAAUCGAGUAUUUUAUUAUUCAGUCAUCUUGGCCCAUUACGUGGGUCACAAUCUUGGCCUGCAUCAUGAUCAAAUUUACUGUCGUUGUUUCCGAAGAUCACAUUGUCUCAUGGAAGACCACCCGCUUUUUUCUGAUUCCCUCAGUAAUUGCAGUUAUGGACAGCUUUUUAAUUUAGUUACUUACUGGGAUCAGUGUUUGAGCAGACUUCCAAAUACCUAUGAUGAUUACCCUUAUGCAUUCAACUGGUGUGGUAACAAGAAGCUAGACUUUCUAGAACAGUGUGACUGUGGCUCAGUUAAAGAAUGUCUCGCUGAUCCAUGUUGUGACAUGAAGUGUCACCUCUCUGCUGGCUCUGACUGUGCUUUUGGAACAUGCUGCAACAAUUGUAAAUUUAGUGCUGUGGGAGUCGUUUGCAGACACGCAGUGAACAACUGUGAUCUUCCAGAGUUCUGCAAUGGAAGCGAGUCCUCCUGCCCAUUGGAUUCUUAUGUUCAAGAUGGAACACCAUGCACAUCAAAUGCCAUUUGCUUUAAAGGGAAUUGUACUGACCGGCACAUACAGUGCAGAGAAAUGUUUGGUCAUGAUGGAGUUGUAAAUGCUGAUGAUAUCUGUUAUGAAGAAUUGAAUGUAAAAGGAGAUCGAUUUGGAAACUGUGGAUCUAAGCCAAAAGUGACAUAUGUGUAUACCUAUGAAGGACAACAGAAGAAAGAAGUGAUAUAUGAAACUGUGCCAUGUAGAAAAUCGACUAUCUUCUGUGGAAGGCUGCAAUGCGAAGGUAUGAAGACACUGCCGAGAUUAGAUAAGCACAUUACAUUUUAUGAAUUACGAGUAAAGAAGGACAAAAAGGAACUUGUCUGCUUUGGGAUAGACUAUCCCAUAAGGGCACAGCAGCUAGAUGCUGGAAUGGUGUGGGAUGGAUCAAAGUGUACUGAAACCACAAUGUGUUUAAAUCAUAUGUGUGUGCCUAUAGCUCAGUUGCAUUUUGACUGUACACCUGAAAAGUGUAAUUAUAGAGGCGUUUGCAACAACAAGAGAAAUUGUCAUUGCCAGUUUGGCUGGUCCCCACCAUUUUGUAAUUUGUUGGGUUAUGGUGGAAGCUUAGACAGUGGACCUGCUGAAAAAUAUGAGGAUUAUUUUACCAUUCUUGCAGUUUUCAUUUUUAUCCUCAUUCGCAUCACUCUGUUCAUUAUAGCAUUCAGCUUUGCGUUUUUUACAUAUGUCCGAAAAAGACAACUACUCCCUGUGCUCAAAAGCUAG